CAACAAUCAAGGUGAAGGAGGCACACAGUUUGAGAGUGGACGUGAUUUGAGGAGACAGCCUUGGAAAUGAUUCAAGUAUAGGAGAUAAAAGCGAAGAAAAAAAGGCUGUUCUCUUUUUGACUUUGCUCCUGUGAGGUGGAGCUUCAAUAGGCUACACCUUCUCCAGGGCAGUUGAAGAUGGCGGACCUGUUCGUUGACCGGGUCCUGGUGAAGAACAACAGGGACCAGGACGAGCUGGACACAGAACGUGAGAUCGUCACGCACCUGCAGAACCGCAUCUUGAUGCUUUUCUUUGCCUCCGCUGCAUGUGAGAGAUGUCGGAGGUUCGUACCCGAGCUCGGCGACUUCUUCAAACGCCUGACCGACGAGUUCUACGUGGAUCGAUCUGCUCAGCUGGUCCUCCUGUACAUUAGCUUGGACCCGUCGGAGGAGCAGCAAGGGACUGUCCUCAAAGAGCUGCCUAAGAAGUGUCUGUUCCUGGCCUAUGAAGACCCCUACAGGGGAGAGCUGGAGGACAUGUUUAAUGUGAAGGAGCUUCCCACAGUGGUGGUCCUGCGCCCCGACUGUUCAAUCCUCAUUCCGAAUGCAGUGGACGAGAUACUCCGGCUUGGCCCUGACUGCUACCUCAACUGGCAGGAAGCAGCGGAGCUUCUAGACAGGAACUUCAUGAGCACAGAGGAUUUUCAGGACAAGUCCACGCGUAGCUUCACAGACCCUAUCAGGAGACUCAAGUACAAGGUGAAGGACGACAAGAAGAGGAAGAAAGAGCAGAAAAGAGGCUGGGAUUGAGGAGGAAAUGAUGCGAAAAGGAAGAGGAGGGUUGCCGUGGUGAUGAGAAGACUAAGAAGAUUGUAUUGACUUUGAGGAUUUGUGAAACAUUGCUUUUCUGUACAUGUGUACUAAUCCAGCCCAGGGAAUGACACCAUAUCGGUCCUGGAGUUCAGUUCAAAGCUUGGGAGACAAACAUAUUUGCAGCAAAUUCCUAAAAACACGAGAGUGCUUCUGUUGUAUUGAGGAACUUGGACCACUGAACACAUUGGCAGAUCCCUAGCAAACAUAAAACACUGGAGUCCA